AGUUGUGCUGCCUGUGGCGGGGUUCGUUCCCGCAAUGGAUAUGGAGACACACGCGUGCUGCCUGGUGAUGCUGAGGGUGGCGUCCUUCGGGCGGAGAUACGCGCUGUUCUUGGCAAUGACGAGGUUCGAGGCCUCCGCGUGGACGCAAGACCAGCGUCUGAGGGUGGCCUUCUUCGCAUGGACUGCCGUUUACGUAGCAUUUCGUAG